AUUUUAGUAUUUACAAGUUGUCAGUACUUUGCCAGAAACGAGCCGAGAGAAGAAAAAAAAUUUAGUUUUUUCUUCAGGAGGGGGAAUUUUCCGAGUAGCUUAAACUUUAGCAAAUAAUUCUUUGAAAUAAAUUAAAUCAAACAAAUAAUAAAAAUGGCUUGCAACGCUAGCAAAGUUCCCUUGUUGCGUGUUAUUGCUAAACGCGGUUAUUCUGCCAGUGCCUGUCCCAGACCAGUAGGACAAGCUGCCAGUGUGGAAUGCAAACAAUUGGACAACAAAGUUGUUGUAGCUUCGGCUGAAGCUCAAUUGCCCGUAUCUCGUGUUUCCGUAGUAUUCCGUGCUGGUUCCCGUAACGAAACCUACGACACCCAAGGUGCCUCUCACAUGUUGCGUGUGGCUGCUGGUUUGACCAACAAGAAUAGCUCCGGUUUCGCUGUUACCCGCAACAUUCAACAAAAGGGUGGCGCAUUGACUGUUACCACUGAUCGUGAAGUUGUCGCCUAUACCGUCGAAACUACUGCCAAUCAUUUGGAAACCGGUUUGCGCUACUUGCAAGAUGUCAUUCAACCCGCCUUCAAACCCUGGGAAUUGAACGACGUUUUGCCCUUGGUCAAGACCCAAGUUGCCAACGUGCCUCCACAGGUCCGUGCCGUUGAAUUAUUGCACAAAGCUGCCUUCCGCACCGGUUUGGGUAACUCCGUGUACAUUCCCAAAUUCCAAAUUGGCAAAUUGUCUCCCGAAACUUUGUUGCACUAUGUUGCCAACAACUGCACUGCUGCCCGUUGUGCUGUUGUCGGUGUUGGUGUCGAUCAAACCGCUUUGGUUGGCUUUGCCCAAAGCUUAGAAUUGGCCAGUGGUGGCAAGUCCGGCAGCGAUUCUGCCAACUACUAUGGUGGUGAUGCCCGUAAGGAUACUCCCGGUAAUGUUGCUCAUGUUGCCGUAGCUGGUCUUGGUGGUGCUGUCAGCAAUGCUAAGGAAGCUUUGGCCUUUGCCGUACUCCAACAUGCUGUCGGUGCUUGCCCUGUAACCAAGCGUGGUGCCAUCAAUGGUCCCUUCGGCAAAGCUGUCAUGUCCGCUGUUGGUGAUGCCAAUGUUUCCUUCGCUGCCUUGAAUGCCAGCUAUGCUGAUGCCGGUCUUUUCGGUUUUGUUGUCUCCACCGAUGCCCAACAUGCCGGCAAAGCUGUUGAAGCCGUUGCCCGUGCCCUUAAAUCUGGCUCCGUCUCCUCCGAUGAUGUCAACCGUGGCAAGGCUCUCCUUAAGGCUGCUGUCUUGGAAACUUAUGCUACCGACAGCACUCUCAUUGGUGAAAUGGGCUUGCAAGCUGUUCUCACCCAACAAGUACAAAGCGCUGAUGCUUUAGUCUCUGCCAUCGAUGGUGUUUCUUUGCAAGAUGUCCAACAAGCUGCCAAAAAGGCCGGUUCCUCAAAAUUGUCUGUAGGUGCUGUUGGUAAUUUGGCCAAUGUCCCCUAUGCCUCUGAUUUGGCUUAAAUUCUGUAAAAAAAAACUGCUGUGUUGUUUUGAAAUUUUCAUCUAAUCUAAUUUAAUAUUAAUGUAAUUCAUAAAUUGUAAAACAAACCAAGAUAAAACCAAAUUGAAGGCUAAACCCUUUUUAAUGAAAAAAGAAAGAAAAUACAAAAUCUAUAGAUGUUUUAAAUUACACUUGGAAGAGAUGAUCCAGUUAAUAAAUAUUCUAGUGAAGUUGUAUUAAAACGAUCGAUGUAGUGUUAAAUUAUAAAACAAAAUAAAAGAAAAAAAAAAAAGAAAAUUCUUAAAGAAUUUUCAAAUAAAUUACAUAAAUAUAAAGUUUA